AUGAAGAUCUGCAGUUCCAUCCUGUGGUACGCAGCCGGACUGCUGUUUUUAUGUGCCCUCAAUGAGGUCCGUGCCCAGAAGAAGCCGAAGUACUGUAGCCGGGCAAAGCCUCCGAGCAAAACAAAGUCGGACUACUGCGCCCUGCCCUCUUGUGGAGGCGCAGAGCACAUUGGCUGCAACAGCAAUAAGCAAUUUAUAGAGGGCUGCGUUGGGAACAUGUUCAACGUAUCGCAGAAUAUGCGAAACUUUAUUGUGAAGCAGCACAACAUCUACCGCAACAUCGUGGCCAGGGGCAAGCUCCACGGCCUGCCCCCGUCCGGCCGCAUGCUCAAGAUGCAGUGGCACGAAGAACUGGCCGAGGUGGCCCGAUUCGCUGCCUAUCGCUGUUCCAUUGGGCCGGUCCACAAAUGCCAUACCACACUGGAGUAUGCAGGGACCGGCUACAACAUGGCCUACAACAAGUUUCCCAGCGCCCAGGACCCCACCAAGAUAGUCCGGGCCCAGCUGAAGGCCUGGUACGAGCAGUACCAGUACGCGAAUACCCAGAGCAUGAUAUCGGGCAAGUCAGCCGCCGGCCAGGAGAUAGGACACUUCCUGCAGCUUGUUUCGGGGCUGGCCGAUCGCGUUGGGUGUGCCAUUUUCAGUGCAAAGCACUUCAGCUACAACUACCAGACCCUGGUCUGCGCCUACAGCUGUUCGUAUAAGAAAAAAUUACCCGCCUACAAGAUAGCGCGCAUCCCGGCCGAGGAUUGUACCUGCGGGUCCGAUCAGGAUUUCAAGAAUCUCUGCAGCGGCUUCGAACGGGUCAGGAGCUGCGAACACGAUGCCCCCAUGGGCAGCCACCUAUCGCCAGAUGCAAAACUCAUAGGCGUGGACUACGAUAACCUUUUGAAUGCAAAUCUGAAUCCAAAACCCACGCCUUCUGAGAAUUUGUGGCAGGGUAGGGGAUGAGGCAACGCAGCUGUUCCCUCACAUAAAUAUGCACAAGACAUGCAACGCGAUUUUCAAGCUUCAAUAAAUGGUUGAACGGUACAAUGUCAAA